AUCAAUGGAGCGUGUCAUCGCCUGCCUAUUCAUCCUGCUCGUCGCUGCCGACGCUAUCAUAGAAAACGACGACAGCGGCUUUAAAGCAAAGAGAGUAGCAUGCAGCGACAUCUGUCUGCUAGGAAUUCCGAGCGAAAACUGUCGCUGCUCCUUCCAAUUCUUCACGAAGAGAGCCUCGCGUGGAAUGAAACGAUCGGAGUCGCAACGGCCCGCCAGCUGGUUUCCCAUCGAUUCAAAUGACUACCCCGAGCAGAGCAACCCCGCGGCGUGGACCGCCUAUGUGCGGGCGCUGGCGUGGCUGGUGAGCGAUGCAGACGAUGAGUGACGUCACGCAUCGACUAAAAUGUUUGAAGCGCGCGGGUUCUAAAUUUGUCAUGGCGACGACGUGUUCGUUCCACCGCAAUGCGAAAUAUUGUUAAUCGCUUUCGGUUUAUGUAAUGAUAUAGCUGAAGAGAUGAUAGGAGUUUGAAUAAAUUUCGUACAUAUGCUUGGUUUAACCCUAUACCAUAUAUUACACGGUGUUUCUUACAUACAGCAGGUUGAAUAGGUUAAAUGUGCAAAGUACGAUAGUGAUAUUAAUUAAUUGUAUAUCAAAAAAUAAAAGAACGAUUUUCACUAUGUUUCUGAUCAAAUUGCUUUGUUACAUUCGGCAAAUAUUUGUGAAUAUUUGUGACACAACGGAUGUGUAGCGAUUUAAUACAUA